GGCUACAGUAGGUGGUGAGGCGGCCAUGUUACCAGUGUUUGUUAUGAUGCAGCAGCAGCAGCAGCAGCAGCAGCAGCAGCCACCCACUACACUGCUGCACUAGACUGCUGCUUCACACACCAUGGCAGUCGAUUUUUGUGACUACUUCUGGGGGGAGGAGCACAAUGGGUGGAAUGUGUUGUACCAAAAUAUGAAGCAAGGACAGACUGCUAGCAAAGAACUGGCUGAAUUCUUCAAGGAAAGAUGGUCAAUUGAUGAGACUUAUUCCAAGUCCUUAGUGAAGCUUGCAAACAAAGCCAGUACUAACACUGAAAAAGGGACGUGUGCCCCAAUUUUUGUGGUGUUGAGGCAGUCGUCAGAAAAAUUGUCCAGUAUACACUCCCACACCGUCCAACGUGUACAGGACUUAGUUAAGGAAGUAGUCAAGUAUAAUGAUGAGCUGCACAAGAAGCAUAAAGGGGUAAGUGAUUUGUUCUUCAUUUGGGUAAUUAUGUAUGAGUUGUACAGGAAUCUUGAGAAUAUUGAAGAAUUAAUCACAUGUGACCUAGAAAAGGUGCGGAGAGAUGGUGCAUCCCCAAAGGAAUUGGAAAAAGCUGAAGCCAAGUUACGGAAAGCUCAUGAUGAGUAUCGUUCUCUUGUGGAAAAGUACAACAAUAUCCGUGAAGAGUUUGAAAAAAGAAUGACCACUUCUUGCGUGAAAUUUCAAACUGUAGAGGAGACACACUUGGCACAGAUGCUGCAGUUUGUACAAACCUACAUAAGUGUGCUGCAGAGUAAUCAUGAAGCCAUGGGACAAAUUCAUCGUGAUCUUCUUAACCAGUAUUCUCAGUUCUCUGUCGAGAAACUCCUUGACCAGUUUGCACUCUCCAAGCACACCGGCCUUGAGAAGCCUAAUGCAAUGGUGUUUGAGGAUGCAGGCUCAUUAGGCUCAGCAGUAUCAGGGCAACAGUCUCCUGAACCAGCUGAUCAGUCCAAAUCGUCUGCGGAAGAUGGUGGAGGUGGCGGGGGUAGCUCCACCGGUAGCGUCUUAGCUGGAGGUACUGUGGGUGUGACAAAGCCUAGUAGGAAGGAAGGUGGUAAAAAGUUAUUACGUGAACGUGCUUCAGUGUUUUCUAUGUCCAGGGUUACUUUACGAUCUCCUUCAACUACCACAGCAGGUUCUGGUAGUCGAAUAGGGAGUGGGAUUAACAGCAGUGGGGUCAGUGUCACUUCUUCCUCCUCCAUCACUAGCACCAAAACCACUCCCACUUUUACUCAGGAUUCCAUCUGUUCUGAAAUCCAAACUGCUGCUGCUACAGUGAACACUAGCACCACUAAAGGCAGCAACAUGUGUGGCACGAGCAACAACAAACCAUCCCGUCGCACCACCUCUCUGCUCAACCUGUUUGUGGCAUCCACUUCCUAUGCUGGUCGCAGCGAGCGCGAGUGGUCUGCUCCCCCCAGCUGCGACGCAGGUGGGGGGGAAGAUAGCCAGGAUGGGGAUAGGGGUGAGCGGGGCACGGAGAGCCUUCCGCACUCCCCGGCUAAGGCCACUCCAGGCCGUGUGACUAGUGCCCCCACCAGCCCCACAGCAGCAGAUGAUCCAAGCCUGGCACGCACUGUAUUCCGCUCGUCAAAGUGGUUUCUCAGAAGCAGAAGAGACAGAAAAAACAAAGAGAAGAAAGUUAAGAAAAAGAAAGAUGCAGAUUCUUCUAGUAAUAAAGAGGAGAAAUCAGACAAUGAAACCAACGAUGACUCGGCACCAAAGACAGGUGAACUAAUAACUACUUCAGUAACGUCAACAUCUUCAGACAAGGCAAAUGCGAGUGGUCAGAUUCCAAACGUUGACGAUGAAGGAUUUUCAGUACGACCUCAAGAGAUUAAACCUUCAGGAGAAGAGAACAGUUUUGAUUCUUCUUCAGAUUCUGAAUCAGAUGGAGAAGCAGACAAAAAGAUUCAUGUCGAGAUCAAGCCAAUAAGUAAUGGCAGUGCACCUAUGUCGGCUAGUGUUGAUGAAUUACGUGCCACCAUUGAGGGAAUGUCCCUCUCCCCAGUAUCAUUUGCCUCGCCUCGUGUGCCUCCACGCCAGAUAAACUCGGAUGGAAAGAUCAAGAUCAGAUACCUAACAUUGCAGAAGACUAGACGAACUUCAACAGACACACAGGAGUCCUUUAACUCCAUGAAACGUUCCAAUAGUAUCACACAGCAUCUAAGCAGCAAAACAAGUUCAGCUGACUUGUUGGGACUAAACCUUAACUUUGGGAACAGUGAGAACAGCUCAAAAGCUGCAUUAGGGAAUGCUGUGGGAGCUGACUCUGCAAAUAAUCGACCGAUGUCUCCUGUAUCUAAAGGUGUAUCAUCCCCUGUAUCAUCUAUUACAUCAGUCACUUCACCCGUGCUGGCUCCUCCCCCUCGAGCAGAUAGAUAUGCUGAAUUAAGUGAUAUAUUGAAUGAGGCGGAAAGUGAAGCUCCUCCUGCACUGCCACCCAGAGCAGCGGGUGGUGGAGGGUCCUCCAGCCGGGGAUCAACACCCACUCCAACAAUGGCCAUUCCUAGACCUCCCUCGCGCAAAGCCCUUGAGGGACCAUCUUCAAGAGGACGUCAGAGCCCUUCCACAGUGUCUGGAUUGUCACGUGCAGAAUCAGUGUCAAGUUUAGAAUUUAGGACAUCUAGCAUGGUGGGCACCUCACGUGGUCCAUCCCCUCUCACCAUAGGAUUGUCUGAUACUAUACCUCUUGCUGUAGCAUUUCAAGAACUGUGUCAUGCCUACUUUAGAGGAACAGAUGAAUCUAAGGAUAAUGAACAGUCAACACCAGAAUGUGGAGUGUUCAACUUUAACAUGAAUGCAUUAACUACUCUCUUGAGAAAGCAAGCUGAAAGUAAUCCUUCUGCAUCAUACUUCAAUGUUGACAUGAUCAAAUAUCAGGUGAGCAGCAUGAAUGGUGCUAAUUCAUCGCCACUACAGUUAGUUUCAUACUGGAAGUGUGAGGACAGCCAUACUGACUUGCGGAUAGACUACAAGUACAACCCUCAUGCCAUUGCUUCCCCAUCUCCGUUAUUGAACGUCAAUGUUUCAGUACCCAUGGAUGGCAUUGUUAAAAACAUGCAGUCUAAACCUCUAGGCCAGUGGUUAAAAGAUCAGCAACGAGCAGUAUGGAAACUAACUGAGCUUUCACAGCACUCCUCUGAUGCUGGUAUAGGAUCAUUACGGGCCAAAUUUGAAGUAGCAGCAGGUCCAUCUACUCCAGCCACUGUUUCAGCUCAGUUCAACUGUGAAGGGACAACAAUCUCAGGCUUGGAGUUUUGUCUUGUUGGCUCAGGGUACAGAGUUUCACUCAUUAAGAAGAGAUUUGUUUCAGGCAAAUACAUUUGCGAUGGCGAUGCUGUGUUAAGAUUACGUUAUGGGUCAUUUCCAAGUUAGUACCAGCUGGAAACGCUGAUCUGAGAGCAUGCAGUCUGAAUGCUUUCCUUCAGCGUCACAGUGCAUCUGAACUACUGGGAAUGCAUCAAAGAACUUGGAAUGUACUCUCAGGAGCAAAGAAGAGAGAGGCCUGAUAAUAUAUACAUGGAAAAUACUUGAGAGACGGGUUUUCAUUCUGCACACUACCAUAACAACUUAGUGAAGUAAGAGACAUAGGUGGAAGCAUUGAAUAAACCCAUCGAAAUGCAGGGACACAUUGAGCACAGUUAGAGAACUCUGUGCCAGCACCCAUGGUCUACAACUCUUCAACCUUCUUCCAGCAGAUAUUAGAAUAUUUUUGGAAAAAGGACAGUUUCUCAAGAGAAUCCUGCAAGCUACCUGCAAAAAAGUGCCUGAGAACUGUUAGCAGCAGUAGCAGCCUGGUUGACCAAGCAAACCAACAAGGAUGUCUGGCCCCAGACUAGGCUGCAGGAGAGUAGAAGUCUAGAAGAAUCUUCAAAAAUGGACACAGACACAUUACAGGUAACCACAGAUUUUGGGUAUCCCUUUUGGAAUAAGUUUAGUGGUGAUAGAUCUGGACAACAUGGAGGCCAUCAGGGUGUUUCAAGUUGUGAAAACUAUAAAACCAAGAAUAUUAAUGUGUUUGAUUAACUUUAAGAGUAUGUUGUCUAUGUUUACUAUGGGUCCAGACUUUUAGUGCACCCUGUUCCACAAUCUAUCACUCACGCCAUAUCAUCAGUAUAUCAAAGUCUACAUGUAUGUAUGUAUGUGAUAGGUAUAUCACAGGUAACCACAGAUUUUGAGUAUCCCUAUGGAAAAAGUUUAGUGGUGAUAGAUCUAGACUACAUAGGGAUCAUCAGGGUAUUUUAAAUUCUGAAAUAUGUAAAAACACAUUUUAAAUGUGUUUAGUUUACGUUGAGUAAAAAUGCCUAUGUUGACUAUGAUAAAAAUGCCUAUAUUGACUAUGAGUCCAGACUUUAAGGACACCCUGUGCCUUAAAAUCUACAGUCCAUCAGUCACUGUUUCAUCAAUUUAUCCAAGUCUACAUGUAGUACAGGAACAUUAAAUGUCAGCAUAUAAAUUUCUAUAUGGUCACCUUCCACUUACUCUACCAAAUAUUUAUCGUAUCUCCAUCAUGGCACAAAGUAUAAAGGUGUUCUUCAGCAUGAGAAGGUCGGUGAAACUUUUAGAAAUACAGUCCAAUAUGUCAGUAUAGAUAAAAUAUGGUUGUAAUUCUAUUUACCAAGCAAGCUGAACUCUCCUUCUUUUGCUGUAUUAAAGUUCAGAUGUUGAAUUUUGAGAUUUUUUGCCCAUAUUUUUGAAACAUAGGGAGUUCAGUUAAACCAUCACAGAAACAAAAAUAUGUGACUUUGUUAACAUAAAUGCAAAGCAUUCUAAUUUUCAUGGAGGUGUGAAGUACAGUGCCUGCACUCAGGAGGAGGAGGAGAUAUGUUGCAGUUUUUGAACUGUAGUGUCAACAUACCUCUGACAAGACAGUGAUGGAGUGAGUGAUGAUGAAAGUGUUUCUUCUUUUCUGGGUCACCCUGCCUCGGUGAG